AUGAACAGCCGACCAUUGCUUCCACUAACUGAAGACCCCAACGACCUAGCUGCAUUGACACCAGCGCACUUCCUCGUCGGUUCAUCACUGCAUGCCCUGCCCGACCCAGAUUUAAUGAACGUACCUGCCAAUAGACUCGACCACUAUCAACAACUGCAAGUGCGUGUGCAGCAAUUUUGGUCGCACUGGAAGAAGGAGUACCUGCAAGAGCUGCUGAAAGAUACCCGUGGUUGGAAACGCAACAACGAAAUUGUUCCGGGGAGAAUGGUCAUCUUAGUCGACGAAAUGCAACCACCGAUUCGAUGGCCACUCGCCCGCAUAGAAGCAGUUUUGCCCGGCAAAGAUCAUCUUGCACGAGUUGUUUUGCUCCGUACAGCUCGUGGUAUCAUCACUCGUCCGAUCGCUAAAAUUUAUCUACUACCUUACUCUACAGUGGCAUCCGAAGCAGAAAAACAUCCAGCAACGAUCAGCGACGCACCAACAACCUAA